AUGAACAUAAGCAUUGACAUUAAAUUUUCCGACGAUCGUGAUUAUGCUGAGAUUGUUGUUGUUCGUCAUGGUGAAACUUCUUGGAAUGCCGAGAGAAAAAUCCAGGGUCAUUUGGAUGUUGAGUUAAACGAUGCUGGAAGACAACAAGCUGUUAGAGUGGCUGAGCGGUUAUCUAAAGAGCCUAAGAUAUCUUAUGUUUACUCUUCUGACUUGAAGAGAGCCUUUGAGACUGCUCAGAUCAUUGCUUCUAAAUGCGGCAACCUUGAGGUACUUACUGAUCGUGAUUUGCGGGAAAGACAUUUAGGAGAUAUGCAAGGGCUUGUGUAUCAAGAAGCUUCAAAACUUCGCCCUGAAGCUUACAAAGCCUUUUCAUCUAACCGCACCGACGUUGAUAUCCCAGGUGGAGGAGAAAGUCUUGACAAACUUUACGACAGAUGUACAAGUGCGUUACAGAGAAUCGGUGACAAACAUAGAGGUGAAAGAGUAGUAGUAGUGUCUCAUGGAGGAACGAUUCGAUCUCUCUACGAAAGAGCUUGUCCAAGUGCAAGAAAAGUUGAAAAGAUACUCAAUACAUCGGUCAAUGUGUUCCGUUUAUACGACGGAGACAAAUGGACAAUCCAAGUUUGGGGCGACGUGAGUCAUCUGGACCAAACCGGCUUCUUACAAUCCGGUUUUGGUGGUGACAGAACCUCUGGUUAACGAGCUUUCACCCUUCCCCAUCGAGUCGAGUAGCCUCGGAUGGGGCAACUUUAGCCGGUGCUGGCGCCUGCGUAAGUGGUUCUUCUUCCCCUUGGAAGAGCGUUUAUGUAAUUUAAGUUUCACUCCAUUAACCUUUUCAAUGUUAUUGACCCCAUAACUUUGA